GGUCAUGUGACAGUCGGGGAACGGAGGAUUGUAAUAUGGCUGCGCCCAUGUGCAGCAAGUGUUUGGUGCAUUUGCUGUGUGGUUGAAGUCUCGUGUCCGCAUGGAUCGGGGGGAUUUCUGGGUUUCCCUGACGGCCGGUGGACUAGCUGGAGUGUGCGUCGACCUGAUAUUGUACCCUUUGGAUACAGUCAAAACUAGACUGCAGAGUCCUCAGGGAUUUAAGAAGUCUGGUGGUUUUCAUGGCAUCUAUGCUGGCGUUCCAUCUGCUGCUGUGGGGUCUUUUCCAAAUGCUGCUGCCUUUUUUGUCACAUAUGAAUACAUGAAAGCCAUGCUUCACACAGAUGCAUCUCCAUAUUUAGCACCAGUGACACACAUGUUGGCUGCCUCUUUUGGAGAAGUAGUUGCUUGUCUAAUACGGGUUCCCUCUGAAGUUGUGAAACAGAGAGCCCAAGUUUCUCCCUCCUCCAGUACCUUACGGAUCCUUUCCAACACUGUAUAUGAAGAGGGUAUUCUAGGACUUUAUCGAGGUUAUAGAAGUACGGUAUUAAGAGAGAUUCCUUUCUCUCUUGUGCAGUUUCCUUUAUGGGAAUCCUUAAAGGAUCUCUGGUCAUGGAAGCAAGGGCACGUGGUCGAUUCUUGGCAGUCUGCAGUCUGUGGAGCUUUUGCAGGUGGAUUUGCAGCUGCAGUCACCACCCCUCUGGAUGUAGCCAAGACAAGAAUUAUGCUGGCAAAGGCUGACUCCAGAACUGCAAGUGGGAAUGUGUUGUCUGCUCUGCAUGGAGUAUGGAAGACCCAGGGAAUAUCUGGGUUGUUUGCAGGCGUGGUCCCUCGAAUGUCGGCCAUUAGUCUCGGAGGCUUCAUCUUCCUUGGGACAUAUGACAAGAUCCGCAGAUUGCUCUUGUGAGUUAGUUAUGGGACUCAAACUGAACAGCUGAGGAAACCGCCUAAGAAAACACACAUUCAUGAAGAUAUUCAUUUGCCUUCCCACAAGGUUCAUUUCCCCCUCCUCUGCCUCCUGUGGUUUAGUAGCUGUUCAACAGCUUGGACUCUAUUCUCACUGGGUCUCCCCCCCACCCCAACUUAAUUCUAUUUCCCUAAUAUAAAAUUUCCCUGUAUGGAAACCCCUGUUCUAGCUAUGAGCUCAUGGGAAGGGGUGUGCCAAGAGAGGCAAUAUCUGGGGGCAAAUGGCUCAUUUUAUGGGCUCCAGCCUUUUGCCUGAAAGGCGUUAUUAUUAGAAUUCAUUUAGGAAGAAUGAUGUGCAAAUGAGAAGAGCGUGAUUUGAGCAGCAUGACUGGAAUCAGAGGAGGAGUCCUUCAUUUUGUGACGCCUGAAUUGUAGCACUGAGGAAGACGUCUCCAUUUACGUAACCGUAGGCCUGCUAUGCUCCAAAGAACAGGCAAAAGAUACUGUGUGUUAUUUCCUUUUAAGAAAGAGAGAGAGAGAGAUUGAAGGGAGGAAAGGCCAUUUGUUUCUAGUUUGAAGCCCAUUUGGAAAGUUUAGCCCACUGUUCAUACCUGCAGGUGCAUAGCAAGCAUUCUUGCUUGGAUAAGCAAGGCUGCCUUUUUUAAUUAGACUCAGAUUUCUCCACUAAAAGUACAAUGUUGUAUUAUUUUACAUGUCUAACAAUGAAGCCUAUGAAAAACGAAACAAA